GUGCCCCCUGGCUGCCGUCUGCGCCUGCGCGCGCCCGCGGCGCACCGGCCGGCGUCGUAAGAGACGCCCGGAUGGAGGACGCCGAGUCGCGCCGUUGCCAUGGCAGCCGGGUCCUGGCCGCCCUGGUAGCAGGUGCUGGGUUCUCUCUCCCUGGCCCGUCAGAGCGUAGAAAGAGGAGGAGAGGAUUGGUCCCCUGGCAUCUCUGUGACCUCAACCGCCGCAGCUCACACAGCAUCACUCUUCCGCACGCGGGCGAUGGAGGAGCUCGAAGGCGCCGACUCCAGAGAAACGGAAGAGUAUGAAGACGACUUCGAAAAGGACCUGGAGUGGCUGAUGAAUGAAAAGGAAAAGAGCGACGCCGGCAUCCUGGAGAUGGCGUGCGGGGCCGGGGACGAAGGGAGCGUCAGCCCGGAACUCGGGGACAGCGAACCCGAACCCGGGGCGGAGCGCAGCGCCAAACGGCCCUCGGACCCUGGCAGAGCCCCGCGGGACGAGGUGGCCCCCAGGGGCGACUUCAUCUCCGUACCGAGCAGCCAGCCUUCGGACCCCGUGUCCGACUCGGACAGCGAGAGCUCUCUCCAGGAGUCCAGGCUGGACGGCCAGAGGGACCUGGAGGAGGACGAGGAUGAGGAAGUCAAGAGGUACAUCAUGGAGAAGAUCGUGCAAGCCAACGAGCUGCUCCAGAACCAAGAGCCCGUGAACAGCAAGCGGGAGCGCAAACUCAAGUUCAAGGACAAGCUAGUGGACCUCGAAGUCCCUCCGCUGGAGGACACCGACCACUACAGAUACUAUUUCGAGAGCGAGAGCCACGUGUCUGGGAAGCUGGCGCAGCUGCGCAUUUCCGGCGGGCCGGGCCGGGACGGCGUGCUCCUGGCAGUCCCGGGCGCGAGCCGCGAGGAGGGCAAGGACCGCAAGGUCCUCGUGGAGCGAGACGGGAAGUUUGAGCUCCUGAAUUUCCAGGACAUCGAGAGUCAGGGGUGUCUGUCCCCCGCCCACAAGAUCAGCGGCGCGGAAAACGGCCCCCCGCAGUCGUCACCCGGAUCAUCGUCCGGCCCGCCCGUCGGUGGCGUGAAGAAGGAGGAGCCCGUGGCAAAGCCCCACGGUGGCCCGUCGGCGGCGGAGCAGCCCUGGGCCUGCAGCCCCCAGCCCCCACCCCACCCCAGGACCGGUCCGAGCCCCACCGCCAGCUCGGACUCGAACAAGGGCGGCGGGAAGCCCGGUCACAGGGCCCGGUCCGCAAACGUGUCACCAGUGACCUCCACAUACUGCCUUUCCCCUCGACAGAAGGAGCUGCAGAAGCGGCUGGAACAGAAGAGGGAGAAGCUGAGGAGAGAGGAGGAGCAGCGGAAAAUGGAGGAAGAGAGAGAGAAGAAAAGGGAGAACGACACGGUGUUCAGGGCGUGGCUGCAGAAGAAAAGGGAGCAGGUCGCGGAGAUGCGGAGGGUCCAGCGCGCCAAGCAGCUGGAGGACAUGAACAGCAGACAGGAAAACCGAGACCCGCAGCAGGCCUUUCGGCUGUGGCUGAAGAAGAAGCACGAGGAGCAGCUGAGAGAGAGGAAGACGGAGGAGCUCCGGAAGCAGGAGGAAUUCCUGUUCUUCCUCAAGGGCGCCGCGGGCCGCGACAGGGCCUUCAAGCAGUGGCUGAGAAGGAAGCGGAUAGAGAAGCUCGUGGAGCAGCAGGCUAUGAAGGAGAGGGCCAGGCAGCUGCGGCUGGAGGCCAGGCGCUCCAGGCAGCUGCAGAACCAGCUGUGCAGCGCGGCCGACGCCCCAUCUUUCCGCUUCGCUGACUAUUACAGCUGAAGGUGCCUAUUAAACGCUUCGCUUGGAAGCCACGAGCCUCAGAAUUUCGGGUAUCACUCUUUUACAGCCCGCGUGCUCUGGUUGUACUCUAAAUGAUGGAAAUGGUGCGUACUUUUGGUGAUGUUGAUAGUGAUUUGCCUUUUUUAAAAAAAAAUAGAAAAUAAAUAUUUUCUUUUCUUGAGGUGUU